CUCAAAGCUGUUCAAACGGGACUUUCUGUUGAGCGACCUGCAGCCUCCUGAUCCGCUCCAGGAGAAUUAGCUGAAUUCUGCAGAUUCUCUACGAAGCGACCAGAAGGAGAAUCUGCUGCCCUGCAAGGUGAAGACGGCCAUCAGCCAAUCAGGACCAGGCUUUCUGCAGGACCCGCCUCCAGCAGGGCUUACACCCCGACGCGACGCUCCUGCCGGUUGUCGUUGCUCAGGACUUUGGCUCCAGAAAACGCCGCGUCCGCCAGAAGCAGUAUGAAAUCAACGUAUAAAGGCCUUUAGCUGGACCAGAACCGUCCCCUAGCCUCUGACACCCUGCUGUCCGGGCGCCUCCCCGCAGGACGCCUCUACCAUGGCCGUGCUCACCCACCUGCUGGCCAUCCUCUUCGGGGUGGGCUCCUGGGUCUCCAUCAACGGCCUGUGGGUGGAGCUUCCUCUCAUCGUGCCGCAGGUCCCAGAGGGAUGGUACCUGCCCUCCUACCUGUCCGUCCUCAUCCAGGCGGCCAACGUCGGGCCGCUCGUAGUCACCCUGAUGCACCGCCUCCGGCCCGGCGUCCUCAACGAGGCGGCGGUCAUCUACGUGAUCGUGGCGGUGGGCGCCGUGGCCAGCUUCCUGCUGGCUUUCUUCUGGAAGGAGACGGUGGUGGUGGCCGGCAGCCCCCGCAGCCUGGCUCUGCUGGUUCUGACCUUCUUCCUGGCGACUGUGGACUGCACCUCCUCCGUCACCUUCCUGCCCUUCAUGAUGCACCUCCAGCCGCACUUCCUCACCUCCUACUUCGUCGGGGAGGGGCUGAGCGGCCUGCUGCCGGCCCUGGCGGCUCUGGUCCAGGGCGUCGGCCUGGUGCGCUGCGUCAACGGCAGCCGGUCCCUGAACCACAGCGGCCACGGUACCGGACGCCUGGAGGCUCAGUACCAGCCCUCCAACUUCUCCGCCGAGGUCUUCUUCUUCUUCCUCAGCGCCAUGAUGCUGGUGAGCCUGGCAGCGUUCCUGCUGCUGGACCUCCACCCGGCCGUGGUCCGGCAGCAGCCAGACCCGCGCUACUCCACCAGGUCCAGGGAGAGGUUCCGGAGCAGCCGGAAGAGGGCCGAGCAGAGGCCCAUGAUGGACCUCUUCAGGCCCCAGAACCACAAACCCAGAAGCAGCUUGGGUUCCAGCUCCUGCAGCCAGAAGCAGCUGAUCUUCAUCUUCGUGGUUCUGGGCUGGGUCAAUGCCCUGAGCAACACGGUCCUGCCGUCCGUCCAGUCCUACUCCUGCCUGCCCUACGGGAACGGCGCCUACCACCUGUCGGCCACGCUGGCCGCAGUGUCCAACCCGCUGGCCGGCUUCGUCGCCAUGUUCGUCUCCAUCAGGUCGCUGGUGUUCCUGGGCUUCCUGACAGUUCUGGGAACCUUGAUCGGCUCGUACAUAAUGCUGAUGGCGGCGCUGAGUCCCUGCCCCCUUCUGGUCAACGACGGUUCUGGCGCCGCGAUCAUGGUUCUCGCCUGGAUCCUCCUCAUCUUCUUUCUGUCCUACGUGAAGAUCAUCAUCGGGGUGAUCCUGCGGGACGAAGGUCACAGCGCCCUCGUGUGGUGCGGAGCGGUGGUGCAGCUCGGCUCCCUGCUGGGAGCCGUCGCCAUGUUCCCUCUGGUCAGCGUCUACGGCCUGUUCUCCUCCGGGGACCCAUGCAGCACCAGUUGCCCCUGAGGGAACCAUCAGGGGGACCCAUGAAGGUUCCCCAAUGAAUCCAAAGGGUUUAAAUGUUGCACUCUUUUAGUUUUUUGCU